AUGGAGGAACUAGGUUUAAAAAGCACUUUUCCAUAUGAAUAUGGCUCAGACUUUACAAUGAUAAGAACGGAAAUGUUAAAUACUACGAAGAGCGAAACAACUAUUUUAUUUUCCAAUAUAAAGAGCAUUUUGGCCAUUAUUUGGAAAUACUCAUUUACAUUUUUAAGAUCUUUUUCCGAUUCCAUCAAACUUAUUAUUGACGAUGUUGUCACUAUUGGCUCCCGAAAUUUUGCAGAGAGAUUACAGAUUGAAGCGAAAAAAAACAAUGACCAAGAAGAUAUCUGGGCAUCCACAAUAAUUUUGGGUGUGAUUAUCGGGUAUUUAAUCUCUUCUAUUAAGAGAAAGAACACUUUUCCAAUAAUGCCUACGAGCUCACCUAAAAUAGAUGAUUGUAGGUUCAAGACUGGUGAUACCAUAUCCAUUGUAAUAAACUUUAAUGAAGACUGCCUCAAUAAUCGAAGUGACGUUACCGAAGAGAGAAAUUAUGAGGAAUCCACAGUUUUACAUUCAAAGGAGUCAGUUCUCAGCAUUGGUAGGCAAAAUAUGGUAACUUUGAACCAAAGCGAUGAAAAUUUCACCUAUGGCAAUUUUGAUGAGUACGACUUAUUAACUAAAGAUUAUACAACAGAGGUCUUAACGCGAUCACCUGGCUCGAAUCCCGAGUUUAAAGCAGUGGUAAAUAAUACAUUACUUGAUAGCGCGAAUGAAACGCCGUUUAAAGGUAUUGAAAAAAGUAUUAACGAAACAAUGGUUAAAGUUCCUAUGGGAUGCGAUGUAUCUCUCUCCCAUUAUGGCAGACAAUACGCGCCUGGAAAUAUUUCAAUUAUGAGAAGCUUCACUGCUCGAGAUAAUACUAAAUCUGUGAGUAGAGAAAUUCGUGAUAUCUGUAAAUCGUUUUUGAUUAUAAAAAGCCAAUUUGGUGACGAACUUUUCCUGACUAUGUUCAUGGAAAAACCAGUUUUCUUUGAUAACAACAUCCCAAUUGAAAUAACUGGAGCAUACCGAGAAAAACGAGAGCGAUUAGAUGAAGUGAUUCAUAAGGAUCUUAUCCGCUAUGAUGAAGUUCAAAAUUUGACAAGGAUUCGCAAUUUGCUCCGGGUUAAAAGUCAAAAGAUUUGUUCCAGGAGACAUAAUAGUUCGGUUCCCACAAAAAAAUUGUUAGUUAAUGAUAAAGGCGCAACUUCGAUUCUACUGUGGUACUCUAACUAUUCAUAG